AUGGAUCUGAGUCCUCGACCACGAGGGAGACCACGUAAGAGACGCAAGCCACACGAAGCCGAUCUCGAAGCCGCAGCACCUGGACCAGCUUCGGUCAACCUGUUUCACCCUUACGCCUAUCUCGAGGAUAUCGAGAAACGGGAAGAGGCCGAACGUGAGGCCGAACGUGAUACAAGCCCGGAUUAUAUGCCUCGUUUCUCUGCUGCAUGUUCACGUUUUCAAGCCACUCUCCGAGCAGAGUCGGCAAAUCAAGAAAUUCCCAAAGAUGCAGAGUUGAAACCAGCACCUUCGGGCCCUCCACGCUACUACGAGAUGUUUGCUCGACUACAUGCAUGGACAGAUGAUGCUCUCGACAUCUACAAACCAGAAGUAAAACGCCUGCUCUGGCCUAUCUUCGUCUACUCAUACCUGGAUCUGGUCAAACUAUUCUAUCCAAAGGAAGCCACUCGGCUGUUUCAGAAGUUCUCUGAGGAUUUCAAGAAGGAGCAUGAAUACGAUCUGCGAGGGCUCGAGCACAUCACGUUGUCAGAACAUGGCGAAGACAAGAUUGCGAAGAUCUACCGAGACAAUAAAUACCGGCUGUCCCUCAGUAACCCUGCCUACGUCUACUUUAUGCAGUUCCUCGAGACUCUGCCACAGGUGGGCUACAAACUGUUCAUGGCGAUUGUGGAGAACCAUCUGGAUCUACGACAAGUCGAGCGCGCAGCAGACGAUCGCUUCAGUUUCGCGUCUGUAAUUCAACGAGGAAUCGACGGCCAAGAUAUGCCCGCCGAGGAUGAAGGUAUCCCAGGACACAAACCAGGAAAUGCGAUCUCAUCAACAGACCCGAACGUGGGAAACAAUCUCGCGACCCUCAAACUUGGCAAAUUGCCCAUGGAAAAAGAUGCCGAAGGAGACGUCCGCGCGGAACUUGAAGAACUCGAUUUGCAGAUGCCCCCUCGGCCGGGACAACCUACAUUGGUUCAAACUCACGAGCUGGUCAACAUCAAGCAAGAAGACGAAGAUGAGGGACCAAACCGAGCUGAAAUCCCGUUCCCAGCAUCUACUGCGCGAGACGUUGCCAUGGAGGUCCAAAAGAUUCGUGAAAACCGCGACCGUCUCAAAAUCGAGACCCGUACUGGUGGGAUUGGGCCAGGGCUAAGCGUGGUCAUGUACACAUUCCACAAUACUCACGACUCGAUCUGCUGUUUGGACUUUAGUGGCGAUCAGAGAUUGGUUGCUGCCGGCUUCUCAGAGUCGUACAUUCGCGUCUGGACGUUGGACGGCACAGCACUUGGGCCCCCGGCGCCGAACGGCCAGCAGCAAAACUCUCAACGUCUCAUUGGUCACUCUGGACCUGUGUACAGCGUCUCUUUCGCUCCCUCAACUUUCAAGCCUACCCCGGAUUCCGCAGACACAGAUGCAAAAUGGCUCUUGUCAUGUUCCGCAGACGGCACGAUCCGUCUUUGGAGCAUCGAUCUCCUUCAGUGCAUGGUUGUGUACAAAGGUCACGUCGGCCCCGUCUGGUCUGUCGUCUGGGCUCCCUUUGGACAUUAUUUCGCAUCAUGCGGCCACGACAAGACGGCAAGAAUCUGGUUCAGCGAACAAAUUCGCCAAGUGCGGAUUUUAGCAGGUCACGACGACGAUGUGGAUGUGGUAGCCUGGCAUCCCAACUCAAACUACGUGUUUACUGCCGGCUCAGAUAAGACGGUCAGAAUGUGGAGCUUGAAUAACGGGAAUGCCGUCAGAAUGUUCACGGGCCACACGUCGGUCAUCACAGCCAUAUCCUGUUCUCGAGAUGGCAAGAUUCUUGCAUCGGCAGAUGACACCGGUGUCAUACUUCUGUGGGAUCUGUCGCCAGGACGACUGCUCAAGAAAAUGCGCGGCCAUGGCAAAGGGGGCAUCUGGAGUCUGAGUUGGUCUGUUGAGUCAUCGGUGCUGGUGAGUGGUGGGGCGGACUGUACUGUUAGAGCAUGGGAUGUUACCGGUCCGGCGAAGGAAGCUGCUUCAACCUCCACUGCUGCCGGCGGGGCAAACACGAACAAAGCAGGUGAUGGUGCAACAUCCACACAGAGUGGAGGUGUCACACAGGAUGGAGCUCCAAAAUCCGCCGGCGGUACCAACGCUCCAAUGUCGAAUCUCAACCUCACUUCGGGCACAUCGACUGGCGCGGCGGGUGUGGGCACCGGUGGCAGUACGGGCGUCAGUGGUGUUAGCGUCAGUGGAAUUCAGAGUGGCAAGAGACGCGGUAAGGACGCGGUCGUGACCAGCGAUCAAAUCAGUGCGUUCCUCACCAAGCAGAGUCCUGUCUACACCGUCAAGUUCACCAACAUGAAUCUUGUCAUUGCUGGAGGUGCCUACCUUCCAGAGCAGGCCAAAUGA